AUGUCGUAUUCUUCCCUGUUAGCUGUGUUCAUUCUAUUUUUCGCGUCGUUGGGUGUCGCCAAUGGCGACACCUCGUUCAACUUCGAAGCUCAGGUUAUCUUGGAAAAUGCUACAGUAAACUCUGACUUUAUGGUGACGACCGGCUUCACUGAACACAUCACAGCCGCACUCCAGAAUGCGGCAAGUCCGCCAUCGCCCCUGAGAACGGUGGUGCACGCUGUACCGCCUCAUUUGGUGAUCAUGCUCAGCAUGUGGUACACCGGAGAGCCGGAGGCUGUACAGACGGCAAUCAGCAAUAUCAACGGGACCUACACCAAAUGGACAAGCGGUGACACUCUCGCUGUCAACGGGGCGUUGAGCCACACCUGCCUGACAAACAUCGGCCAACAGCCAACGUUCAUAAAUUACACAAACAGCUGCAGCUACUGGGACGCGCUCCUCCCACCACGCAGCAAUGAAACGUGCUGGCGGAACUUGUCCCUCACGUUCUACACUGCAGUCACCAACCAGUCCGACCCCCGCGCCAGCCUCCGGUCUGCUCUCUGCAGCUUUCUUCCCACGGACUGUGAGCUUAUUACCUACGGGGAUUUGACGAGCACACAAAUCACUAUCAACGGCUCCGCGAUUAUCGUCAACGUCAUGCCGUUCACCGUCAUGUCCAGCAACCGGGAGGCGACGCUGGUGACGCUUGUGACGUACGCCCAAUACGCCUCAGUGCUGGUUGAGCACAGCAUCGUAUACAUUUUAGCCGGCGGAGUGCAGGUGUUUUUUCGUGGUGACCCGCAGUCGUUCUCGAUUAACGGCACCUUUGAGCAAUGCGUGGAGAAGAUGUGGUACCUCAUCUUCUUUAUUAUCCUUGGCCCAGCAUUUCUCAUCGUUUCAUAUUGUCUGUUUCAGCGCGGACGGGCAUCUGGAAAGCGGAGUAUCAAUAAGUCGGAGAGAGAUAUCCGCGCUGGUGUUCACUUGAGCGCAGCGCCGUGGGCUAACAUCGGCGCCGGCUAUCAGUACGGCCCUCCGCAAGGGUACGGAAGCGGCUACAAUAGUGUCGGUGAUUGGCAACAUGGCGGCGGUCUCUACGCGUCGCCGCAAAAUGUCCCACAGCGGUUUCUGGAACAGGGGUCCCAGGGUGGGCUCCAGGGUUGGGGAGACCAACAGUACGAUGACAAGUACUUUGGAGGCCAAGAGUAUGAUGCGCAGCAAUACGUUUCCCAGGAAAGCGACGAGAACUGA